AUGCUUGUUGCUUACUACUUUUUGAAAGUUCCGCUGGUUAUAUUUAAGCGUGAGAAGGAAAUAUCCCGAAUGCUCGAAUUCGAAGGCAUCUGGAUAGCUGAACAGCCUUCUGAUGAGAAGCUAAGAGCCCAGUGGGAUAAAUUGGUUCUUUCUACUCCCAGCUUUCCUCACAUGUACUGGGACAAGUUUGUCAAGAAGAAAGUCCUCAAAAAGUAUGGGGAGCAAUACGAUAAACAGCAGAUAAGGCGACUUCUUGGAAUGAAAACUGUUAGCAACAACGGAGGUAGCAGUGGAAUCACUUCGGGUGGACGUCCCGAGGAGGCCUCGGAUAGUUGGUUCCAUCCAACAUGGCUUCAGGAGAUGGAUCUACAAUACCUGCUUUGGAAAAUUGCUCUACAUAGAUGCGAUUAUCCUCCCAUAUUCUUCCAUUCAGUCGUUCCUAUACCUCGUGGUCUACUUCAUUGUUUCUCUGCUGGGAAAUGCAAACUACUUCUUCUUCUCAUGUCACCUGUUGGAUGUGGCUAUUUCCUUCAAAACGCUAGCAACCAUUGUACAAUCGGUUACACACAAUGGAAAACAGUGGAAAAUUGUCCAUUGAGUCUCAUUUUCACGAGGCAAUUAAAGUCAUUUUAUUUAGAAAUUAUGCCAAAAGUUGUUUUCUUCUGCUUUGGUACUACAAGAAUUGUGAAGAUUUCACCUCAAGAAAGUACUUCCUCAUGCAUAUCAUCAACAAACCCGACACCGAAGCAAAAUAGACCCAUUGUAUGUUUAAAAGCAAGGUAUUAUCAUACAUCUUCCGAUUCUCCCUUCUGCUUUUCUCACAGCUCCUUAAAAGGCCGUUCUCAUCAAGCAGCUACAAAUCAUCAUCUUAAGCCGUGUAAAUUAGUAUUAAAAAUUCAACAUUUUGUCAACAAAGAUCUCAUAGAAGAGUCCAAAAGAUUGCAGUACCGUAAAUAG